UGCACCAAUCUCCUCCAUGGCUUGUCACGGCUGCCCCGUGUCUCUCCGAGCCACAAUCAUUACGGUCUACGCUUUGGGUUACUAAAUGGUUUUCUGGGGGAGGAAUUCUAACCGGCGAGAUGCUGCUUGUACUUCUGCUGGUGGCCUGUUCUUCGUCCAUCUCCGGCUCCCUGGCCUCCUCCGUCUCCUCCCCCACCUCCUUGGAUGGAUAUCCAAUGGCGGACCCGUCCUCCUCGGACCUGAUGGUGGAGACCUGCAGCGUGUGCUCCUGCAUGUCCGUGGAGAAUGUGCUGUACGUCAACUGUGACAAGAUCACCGUCUACCGGCCGACGCAGCUGAUCCCGCCUGUCUCGUCCCUCUACCACCUCAACUUUCAGAACAACGUCCUGAUCAUUCUGUACCCCAACUCCUUCCUCAACUUCACCCACGCCGUCUCGCUGCAGCUGGGCAACAACAAGCUGCAGAACAUCGAGGGCGGUGCCUUCGCGGGGUUGAGCGCGCUGAAGCAGCUCCACCUCAACAACAAUGAGCUGAAGGUGCUCCGAGCGGACACCUUCCAGGGCAUCGAGAGCCUGGAGUACCUGCAGGCCGACUACAACCUGAUCAAGUACAUUGAAAAGGGGGCCUUUAACAAGCUGCACAGGCUCAAAGUGGUCAUCCUGAAUGACAACCUCAUACAGUUACUUCCAGACAACAUAUUCCGCUUUGCAUCGCUCACUCACCUGGAUAUAAGGGGGAACCGGAUCCAGAAACUCCCGUAUCUGGGCGUUCUGGAGCACAUCGGUCGCAUCGUGGAGCUGCAGCUGGACGACAACCCCUGGAACUGUACGUGUGACUUGGCGCCGCUCAAGGCAUGGCUGGAAAACAUGCCCUAUAACAUUUUUAUUGGCGAGGCGAUCUGUGAAACACCUAGUGACCUGUACGGGAGACUGCUGAAGGAAACCAACAAGCAGGAGCUCUGUCCCCUGGGGACCGGUAGUGACUUUGACGUCCGGAUGCCCCCAGUGCCGCCUGAACACGGCCAGUCACCUUCGAACAUGUCCCCUACCACUGUGGCCACCCUCAUCACAAAAGCGCCAAAGUCCACUGACCCGUCUAAGAUGUACGGUAAUGGCAUUGUCGCCGGUUUGCCUCCCUUUGGUAGAACCGGCCAGAUUGUUUCUUACCAGACGCGGACUCCCCCACUAUCAUGUCCUCAGCCCUGCACUUGUAAGGCCCAUCCCUCCGAUUUUGGUAUCAGUGUCAGUUGCCAGGAGAGGAACGUCAACAAUUUAUCGGAUCUCAUCCCUAAACCCCCCAAUGCCAAGAAGCUCCACCUUAGUGGAAAUUACAUUCGCGACAUCAGUCCCGUGGAUUUCCAAGGCUUCGAGGGCUUGGAUCUGUUGCACCUGGGCAGCAAUCAAAUCGCUACCGUCCAGAAAGGUGUGUUUGCUAACCUGACAAAUCUGAGAAGGCUGUAUUUAAAUGGAAACCAGCUUGAACAGUUACACCCAGAGAUGUUUUUGGGUCUCACAAAUUUGCAGUAUCUAUAUCUGGAAUACAAUGUCAUUAAGGAAAUCCUGGCGGGAACAUUUGAUUCCAUGCCGAACUUGCAACUGCUUUAUCUAAACAACAAUGUGCUCCGGAGUCUGCCUGCCUACAUAUUCGCCGGUGUCUCAUUGGCCCGACUGAAUCUGAAAAACAACCACUUCAUGACACUGCCAGUGAGCGGUGUCUUGGAUCAGCUGCGGUCAUUGACCCAGAUCGACCUUGAAGGGAAUCCGUGGGAGUGUUCUUGCGAUCUGGUUGCCCUCAAAAUCUGGCUGGAGAAGUUGGGCGAUGGCGUGGCUGCCAAGGAGGUGAAAUGUGCCUCCCCUGUGCAGUUCUCCAACAUUGAGUUGCGCCUCCUGAAAAAUGAGAUCCUCUGCCCGAAGCUCAUCGCCAGGUCUCCCGUCAUCUUCACCAGCUCCACCCCUCUUUUAACGUCCCUCUCCCCGGCCGGGGUGGGUAAAGCCCCGCCCGGGGGCCCAGUCCCGCUCUCCAUCAUGAUCCUCAGCAUCCUCGUCGUCCUCAUCCUCACCGUGUUCGUGGCCUUCUGCCUGCUGGUGUUUGUCCUUCGGCGGAACAAGAAGCCUGCUGGGAGGCAGGAGGGGCUCGGGGGGCCGGAGUGUGGAUCCAUGUCGCUGCAGCUGAGACGGCACAGCCACAAGUCGGGCAAAAAGGGCUGCGUCCCUGGCGACGACCUGGGCGGUGAGACGUUCAUCCCUCAGACCAUCGAGCACAUCGGUAAGAGCCACACCUGCGGGAUCGGACGCUCUUCGGACAUGGACGCUGGCUUCAAGUUCGCCGACUCUCAGCGGCAGAAGAUUAUCCUGCGCAACUGUGCCGACAAGGAUAAGGACUCGCUGUCCACACUGGAGCGCAACAAGCGCCUCAGCACAAUCGACGAGCUAGAGGAGUUCCUCCCCGGACGGGAAUCCAACAUGUUCCUCCAGAACUUCCUGGACAGCAAACGAGAUUUCAACAGCAUAGGGAUGGGCGGGUUUGAAAUCCGCUACCCAGAGAAACCUGAUAAAAAGAUGAAGAAGUCGUCCCUGAUAGGAGGGAACCACAGUAAGAUCGUGGUGGAGCAGAGGAAAAGUGAGUAUUAUGAGCUGAAAGCCAAGCUCCAAGGAACACCUGAUUACCUGCAGGUGCUGGAGGAGCAGACUGCACUUAGUAAAAUGUAGGGAUGGUUGUGCUUGAUUCAGUGCAUUUUUGUGGUCAAACAAACAUGUGCACAGACAAAGACACUAACACUAACACGCACACAAACCCACAGUUACAGAUAAUUAUCUUUGCAACCAUAUAGCCAGAUUGAGAGUCCCACCCCCACUUACACAAACACACACACACACACACACACACACACACACACACACACACACACACACACACACACACACACACACACACACACACACACACACACACACACACAAACAAAGUGCCUUCUGAGAAUCCUUAAUGACCAAUGCAGAAAUGGACAAAAUGGCUCCACACUACAAGGCUAUCACUAGCAUUCAGCGCGGAUGUAUUUCACAGUAUAAGACAUUUGGAUUAUCCAUGCCAUUGUUAGUAUGUGUAAGAAUUCCACACAAUUGAUCGCAGGACACCCAUAAAAGCAUAAAAAGGCAUUGUAUUUUUGCUGCUAUUGAAAUGGGUACUUUUUAAUUUUUUUUGUUUUCUUUUUUUCUCCUUUUUUUCCAACCAAAUUGAAGGGUCUUGAAAACAGUGCUUCAGAGCAACAUCUUGAACCCUGAUAAAAAAAAAAGGAACGGGGUAAUUAAUUUCCCCCGUGGUGGGAAUCGUGAUUUCAGAGAGUGGAGAAUUGUUGACUCGGUGGAUACCCUUUUGUUCUUAAUUUGCAGGGGACAAUGAUUCAUAAGGGGGGAGGGGGAAUCUAUCAUUCUCUUCGGAGUUGCCUGAAGACCCUACGCCAUCUUGCCUGGAUAAUGUGUAUGUGCUCUGUUCUAUGGGGUGUACAGGAAGACUACACUAAGGGGUCUGGGAUGAAGGCACUUGGAGAAACUCUGGAAUGAUCUCUCAACUCGUUCUCAUUGUGUAAAGAGCCAUGUUUAAUAACGUCUCUUCUGAAUGGAGUUGUGUUUCUCUGCAAUUGCUACUUACUUGUCUGUUUUGGGUGGAAUAAUAAUGACACUUACACUGUCAGAGGACAUUGUUUCUGAAAAAAACGGAAAAACAAAAACCCAAGAAAAAAAAGAGCUGCUUGCCAUGUAAGCGUAAUAUGGAAUUUAUUUUGUAAGUCUUACAUUAUUUGUAUAAGUGGGACUGGUUUGUAAAAUACGAGGAAUGACAAAAAAUAUCACACUCAAAUGCAAGUGUUCAUCUUUCAGAGACUUAAACCCAGAUUUAGCGGUCAAAAAGGCCAAUACGACUAAAUCUGAGAUACAACCCCUCCCCCAUCAGCUAUCAAUUCGUAGUAAAGUAAAGAAUUAAACCACAUAAUUAAUUUAUUUUUCUAUGCAGGAUUAUUUAAAGAGUUAUUGGUACUAUUUAAACAAAAAGAAGAAAUAGUAAAAAUAUAAGGUUGAAAAGGACUUCAUAGCGAGGCGGCAUCUCAAGCUAAUUAAGGCCCAAGUGUGCUCGCUACACCCAAAGGAACUGCUCUGUUACUUCAAGGUUGUGUUUCCGUUCUGUUUUAUUUAGUUCUCUCUAAGUUUGUAGAAGAAUUGCCCCUUUGCGAUGGACAGGAGUGAGAUAACAGUCAUCUCUCACAUGGUCACGGUAGAGGGUCAGGUGGCCAGCCAUGUUUGUGAAGUUCAAGGUAGUUCUCUUCUAUUCUUAUAUCUCCUGCAGUAUCUUGUAAAAGGUUUCUUAUUAAACAUUAUGCAACCAAAAUAAAUGUGUAUUAAACUUGAUAUAGUUCUGGGUUGUUGACAUGAAUGGAUACAAUUGCAGAAUAUGUCAGAGAAUGAAGGAUCAAAAGAGAUCAAACGUUUUUCAAAAAAAGAUGUGUGUCUAUUAAAUUGUUUUAAAUUGGGAAGAUUUGGACGAAAUCAUCAUUAAAACCAUGUGCAAUAUUAGUAAAAAAAAAAAUAUCAUGAUGGCUUAAAAUAAUUUCAUUUUUUAAUUUAGUUUCAAGUUUUAUUGUCAGGUCAAGUUCUAUUUCAGAGGUUAUUUUAUCAACAAUAUCUGGUCCUUAUUAAAGGUAUUUGUUAAGUUAAAAUUAUGAGUGUUUAUCGACAUUACAAUGAAUAGAAUGUAUCUUGGAAAGUAUAAUAAAUACAAUUUUCUAUUGGACAUACAACUCCUGUAUAUUGGUUAAUUUUCUCUUGUAUAAUCAUGUUGACAUCAAGGUAUUAAAAUCAGCACCUAUUUGCAACGUGUCCCACUUUUUAUUUUAGCCUCCGAGAUGUUUUUUAUUUCUCGGACUGUCACAGCUUGUUUACCUGAAUUAGUGUGAGGAGCGUAGCAUUUAUGAUGCUGUUUCCAUGGAGACCAAGGUGACUGGUACAUGGUUUUAAUAUUUAGAGUCACCUAACUCAGCCCAGAGAGCUUUGUGUUUGCCCCGGACAUAAAAUAUGAAAGGUCAAAAAAUAGU